CUGUGACGUGCGCGGUCGGCGCCGGGCUGUCCGGCGGGCGGGCGGGCUGUGGGAGAUGGCGGAGUAUCUGGCCUCCAUCUUCGGAACAGAGAAGGACAAGGUGCGGAGGAUUUCCCCGACUGCUGCAUCCUGAUCCUCAGGCUUCUGCCUGCAGCCUUCCACGCGUCGGGAACGCCUCUAGUUUCUCUGGUUGUUGGAAGCACACUUACAAAACCCUCCUAACGAAAAUUUGGUCACCGUCGGCCUGACCAAACCAACGUGUUUUUCCACUCAUAAAAAUGAAAGGGGGCAUCGAUGUGCUGCUGGACUAAAUUACUCUUGUCAGCCCCUGGCCGUGAGGCUUCUGUUUUCCUUCUACUUUGUAGUGCUACCUGCCGGUUCCAAUUCCCUCGUCUGUCAGAAAAGCAGUCUCGGCAGCCUCUCUUGGGCUCUAUCACUGUAGCGUCCCUUCUGAUAUGGUGCAUUACAGUUUUAACAGUAUUAGUAUAUGCCACUACAGCAGGCAUGAAAUUCCUGUACCGGUCUUAUUUUCUAUUCAAAAAGCAAACAGAACUCUCCAGAAAGUGUUGAAGUUGGAGGCACUACUGGAAAUUUUAUAGUUAGAUACUUUUUUUUGUUUCAGGAUAGAGUUCAGAAAAGACAGGUCAACUGUUCAUUUUAUUUCAAAAUUGGAGCUUGUCGUCAUGGAGACAGAUGUUCUCGAUUGCACAACAAACCAACAUUUAGCCAGGAAGCGAUGCUGUUGUAAGCUUGCCUGUAGUAGAGACCAACCAGUGCUAACUUUCAGACAACUUGAUUUUAAGAAGAACGGUACAAAUACCAUCUUGAUUCAAAACAUCUAUCGUAACCCCCAAAACAGUGCACAGACGGCUGACGGCUCACACUGUGCUGUGAGCGAUGUUGAGAUGCAGGAACAUUACGAUGAAUUCUUUGAGGAGGUCUUCACAGAAAUGGAAGAAAAAUAUGGUGAAGUUGAGGAGAUGAACGUUUGUGAUAACCUUGGAGAUCAUCUAGUUGGAAACGUAUACGUAAAGUUUCGCCGUGAAGAAGAUGCAGAAAAGGCUGUGAUUGACCUGAACAAUCGCUGGUUUAAUGGACAGCCCAUUCAUGCUGAGCUUUCACCUGUGACUGACUUCAGAGAGGCCUGUUGCCGUCAAUAUGAAAUGGGAGAGUGUACACGAGGAGGUUUCUGCAACUUCAUGCAUUUGAAGCCCAUUUCUCGAGAGUUAAGACGCGAGUUGUAUGGGCGGCGUCGUAAAAAGCAUAGAUCCAGGUCGAGGUCCCGUGAACGUCGGUCUAGAUCCAGAGAUCGUGGUCGUGGAGGUGGUGGUGGUGGAGGAGGAGGACGUGAACGUGAUAGGAGGCGGUCAAGAGAUCGUGAAAGAUCUGGUCGAUUCUGAGCCAUGCCAUUUUUACUGUAUGUCUGCUAGAAAGUGUUGUAGUUUGACCAAACAAGUUCAUAAUGAGAUUUUUUUUAAAGAUGGGCUUCUGAAUAAAAAAUUUGUAGUGAUACAGUAUUCUUUGUGUAACUUGUUUCUUGUGGGGGGAGUCUUUUUAACUGUCAUUCCUCUAUCUUGACAAAUACCUGGAUUAACUAUGCCUGAGGGAAAGGUGGUAAAUGUAUUGGAGGAGCACCAGUUUUGGUUUUGUUUUGUUUUUUUUUUUAUUUGGGUAUAAUUUGAACUGUUGAUGAAGAUGUGUGUGUAUAUAAUAUAAAAUAUUAUAUACAUAGUAAAAAUAAUAUACUGCUUAAGAAACAGUUACAUAAGUUUCCCUUUUCUGCUAUGCUGUCUGCUUAUUUAGGUUAGUUUAGGCACAUUUAAAAGGAAGGCUGUGCAAAAUGCAUUUAUUUACCAAGUAGAAACGCUUAGUUACAAAAAUGUAUGUUUGUUUGUUACCAGAAGUCUGUGCUCUGUCUAUCAAUGUGACUGUGGCAUUUACAAUAAAUCCAAUUUCUUGGUGUAAAAUCUAAAGCCUAUUUUCUAAGCACUCUGGAGUAGUUGAGUUGCUACUCCUCUCUGUGCCAGAGUUCAUAGCUCAAUUUUUUAUGACUCUUGACUAAAUUCCUUAUCUUUGGCUGGAAAGAAAGUUGCCUAGUGCAGUGUGGAAAAAAAGUAAUAUUUUUAUUGGAAUGAUUCAUAAUAGGCAGGUGAGGGUUUUUUUAAAAAAAAUACACUUGUGCUCUGUUCAACAUGAUACUUAGGUUCUAUUGAAGGAAAUACUAGGUCCUAAAUGCAAGGACCAAAUUUCUUAACAGACUGAUUUUUUUUUUUUUUUUUUUUUUUUUUUUUCAGUCUAUGUUCUCUUACCUGUCAUUUAAUGAAAAGCAUUUUGUUAGCAUCCAAGGUCAUAGGAAACUAAUUGAAUGCUAGUGGAAAAUUUUUUUUUCCACCUUUACUUGCUUUUUGAUAUUCUGAAAUGCGAUAAACGCUAAUGGAUAGAUGGCAGUUUCUUCACAAAUAAGACAUCUUUCUGUUUGAGUUUUAAUUGAAUUGCACAAUAGCUAUAUAUCAGAGAUUGUGUAUCUCGAGUGAAAGCUCCAGUUGGAACGUUGCUGGAACAUCCUCAGAGACCAUUUGUACAAUGGCUGACUUGCAGUUUAACUUCAUGUCUGCUUUUAUUCAGAGUGUAACAUACUAAGAAGUUUUUGUCAGUGGUCACAUUUCUCCAAGGUACAACUUGAUGUACAUGAAGCUAUGUAAUACAAUAUAGCUUUCCAAGGGGGGAGAAAAUUUACGAGCGCGUUUUUAGUUCUGAGUCAGAUAACUUGUUAAAUGAUAAAUCUGUUCCCUGAUUACUAUUAAAGAAACAAAGGAAAUAGGAUAUGGAAGUGUCACGUAGCCAGAUUAACAAACCAGCUCCUCUCUGCCUCUAAGUAUAAAACCAUUUUGCUCACUGGAAUUUGGAGUUGGCAAACAAAAUAAUAUCGAAAAAAGCUUUUCUAAAUUAAUCUGCUUUGCCUCUUACAGCUAAAUUCUUGCACCAAUUUAAUUUGAAUUUAUUUUGUUCACACUGGAUGGUUUGGCCGACCAGAUUGUGGAACUUACUUUGCCAGUAAGCUUUUUAAGGAAAUGUAUCACUCUAUGUGAACACGGCUUCACUGCUUAUGUUUUGCUGCAAGUACAUAAAUGAAAUUAUGCUUUCUUUUCACUGGAAGAAAUUGAGCCAUGCCUGGCAAUAAAUGGCUGAACUGAAAUCUGUGGUAUUUCUGCUAGGCAUUGGGAAUUUAACGUUGAUAAUUUAGUUCUUGCAGUUUACAGGAUAUUAUUCCAUUUCUUCUUCAGUGAGAUUUAGGAUUAUUAGAUAAUUUAAAUCUCAAGAUCAAAAAGGUGAGGAUAGUCUUUCUGUUUUUUAAAAUAGUAUAUAGUAUAAUGUGGAUACUAUUUUAAAAGGUUUCAUAUCAUUUUUACACAGAUUAAUGACACAAGCUGAUUUGCUCUAUAAACAAGUUAGUUUUAAACUAGUAUAAAUGUGUCCCUGUAACAGCUUUCAUCUGUUUGUCUAACCAAUGUUAAACUGCAGGUAUCAUUUUUUAAUUAAAAUAUAGCAGAAGGUUGAUUUCUCCCUCUCCCCCCAGUACACUUUUUCUUAAAGCAUUCUUGAAUUCCACCAAAUGCAUCGUUUUAUGGUCUUAAUUGCACAGCUACUCAAAAACUAACCAUGUAACUGGAAUAUGUCAUAAUGGGCACUGAAAGCAAGGGAUUUUACUGGAUACUCGAAGGAAAAAAACUUGUGCACUGAUCACUACCUGAUCAUGUAAUGAUUACCUAGUGACAGCAUUCAGCAUAUAAAUUAAGCUCAUGACAUAUCUUCAGUUAGGUUCACCUUUAAGACUAUACUACCAGUAAAAUUCAUCAAACUUGAGAUUUAAACUCCACAAAUUCGGUUAAACACUUAUAUAUGGUAGUCCAACCUGCAUUGGUUUACCAAUACAAACUAAGUGGAAAUACUACCUCCCCCUUCUAUUGUUGCUCACAAUGUCUUAGAGAAAAUUUUUUUUCUUCCCAAAGGUAUCUACUUCUCUCAAAUAUUUCAUUGUUGACUCUUCUGUUAAACAGUGGAUCUUAAUUUAUGGAAUUCCUUUACCUCAAAUAAGUGACAGCAUACAGUAUUUUCUGAAGUCUGAGUCAAUUAGGUUGAAACUGUUAAUCCCAAGUGGCUUCCUCUUCUUUGUAUUUGGCUCUUAUUCUGUGAAAAUGCUGCUUGUCCAUGAAUAUGAUGUAUGUUGAAACUGUAAAACCAAAUGGAGAAAACUUGUUCAAAAUAAAGCCUUUUUUUAUAAGAA